GCAGCACGACAGCACCAGUCAUCCUCUCCCGCAAGUUUGCAGUUUGCAGCUCGCAGGGAGAAAUGGGGAUUCAUCUAUUUUAGGAUGGCAGAGUAGCUACAUUUUCAUAGUGAGGCUACAAAGAAGACACCAACCUUGAGGAAGCACAGAGGAACAAAUAACCCGGAUCUGCGCUCGUGUCACCAUCCGAUGAGGGACAUAACGAAGACAGAUAAGACAAUGGAAAUGUAUUGUGAGAAGCUGCCGGGACGACAGCAGAAAUUCAUACUCCUCAUCCUUUAUCUUCUUCUGUGGUACAGGCCUGCGGCUGAAGCAAUUCAUCCGGACUGCGCCAUCAUCUCCGAGCACCUGAGGGCUCGGGAGAUUUGUAGCCAGACGAGGAGGAGCGAGGCGCAAAACCAGACCGACCACAGCGGGUGUAAAACAGAGUGGGACGAGAUCAGAUGUUGGCUGAGAACGGAAGUCGGGCAGGUGGUCAAUGUUUCAUGCUCCGAAGUCUUUCAGCAUUUCUCCAGCAAUCAAGGGUAUGUUUACAGGAACUGCACUGUUGAAGGAUGGUCAGAAAUGUAUCCACCCUAUGAGGAGGCCUGUGUUUUCAGUGAUGUCAGCGAGUCUGAAUCUGAGACGAAUUACCUCUCUAUGUUCAGACAGGUUUACACUGUGGGCUAUGCUACAUCGCUCAUCUCCCUCAUUACAGCUAUAGUGGUGUUCACAGCCUUCAGAAAGUUCCGCUGCACCAGAAACUACAUCCACAUCAACCUGUUCUCCUCCUUCGUCCUGAGAGCCAGCGCCGUUUUCAUUAAAGACACAGUGCUGUUUGCUGAUGAGACGUUGGAUCACUGCUCCAUGUCCACGACAGCGUGUAAGUCAGCCGUGGCUUUUUUCCAGUUCAGCAUCUUGGCCAAUUACUUCUGGUUGCUGGUGGAGGGCAUGUAUCUGCAGACCCUGCUCGCCCUGACCUUCGUCUCCCAGAGGAAAUACUUCUGGUGGUAUAUCCUGAUUGGAUGGGGGCUCCCGUCAACAGUUCUCAUACUUUGGGUGUUGACCAGAUUCUUCUAUGAUGACAGAGGUUGCUGGGACGACACAGACAAAGUUGAAAUUUGGUGGAUUAUUAAAGGACCAAUAACAGCGUCGCUGCUGGUCAACAUAGUCAUCUUCAUCAACGUAAUCCGGAUUCUGGUUCAAAAGCUGAAAUCAUCAGCCAUGACUGGGAACAGCGACACUGGACAUUUUAUGAGGCUGGCUAAAUCCACCCUGUUCCUCAUUCCUCUGUUUGGGAUGCAUUACACUGUAUUUGCCUUCCUGCCUGAGAACACUGGGGUAGCAGCCAGACUCUACAUCGAGCUUGGACUGGGCUCUUUUCAGGGAUUUGUGGUGGCACUCCUUUACUGUUUCAUGAAUGGAGAGGUCCAGACAGAGCUGCGAAGGUGGCUGUGGAAAUGUCACAAUCAAAAUCAUCUCACCCCAGCCAAGAGAAGUAUCACUCAGAUCACCAUCCGAGCCCGCGGGGGGCUCAGGCGGCCUCAAUCCAGCGGCAACAUCUCUUCAGUAUGAUUUUAGACAUUAUCCAUGAGGAAAACCCCCCCCAGAAAAACAACGGAGGCGCUCCUCAAACUUGAACAUGGUGAUGAUAUUAAUUCAACAACCCGUCUGUGAGAACACAACAUCAUAACGAAAUGUGUCGGGAUGGAUUUUAUCAGUCCCUAUAAGGAUGUUACAGCACACAUUUCUUAUCUGAACCCCAAUGUGCUCUCUCUCUCCUAUCAACAACAACAACAACAAAAUCCAAAAAAAAAGAACACUAGUUGUGUCUUGUUAUGUCUGACUUGUGAGGCUGCCAUGGUGACACUGUGCAGAGACGAGACCACAGUGGAAACAGAGCUGGCCCUGUAGGAGGACGAUUUCACAUGGUUGUCUUUACAGUUUGGACGACAUGGGUACAAAAAUGAGCACAUGUUGAAGGUUAAAAUAGAGACACCUGUGGGAACAAUGCACGAUGGAGCUUAGCGGAAUUACAUGAAACGAGCCUGACUUGUCUAAAUUUAACUGGAGCAGUUAUGAUACUUUAGCGCAGGAUGAAGAUGUGUGUAGGAUUGAUCUUUAUUGAAUGAGAUAAUUGAGUCUCGUGCAGCAAUUCAUCUGCUGCUCCAGAGAAAUUUCAAAUACAAAGAUCCAGAGAAACCUGAGCGAGUGUAUUUAAGGUUGUGUGCGUGUGUGUGAAGCUGCCAUUUAUUGGUACAUUGUGUCUUAAAAGAAAAGUGUCUUAUUUUAAAGAGUUGUCUGCCUUGAUGAGCCAUCUUUGAAACACAGCAUUUGUGAAUAUUUAUGAGCUUGUUUUCUCUUUAUUGGUCAGUUUUUUAUGCUGUUGCCUGAUGUGAUAAACCUUUAUUUUAUUUUGUAUUUGUUGCACUAGAAGUGAUACCAAACUGAUAAGAAACAGGGUGCCGGGCAUUUACAUGUUAAAAUGGCAUCAAAAUGGUACUGUUUAACUAAAGUGAGCAUUUCAACUGACACAGUGACAGCAUCUAAAUGUGUUUAUAUCACUGUUUAAUGGGUUUUAAAAUUCAUGAUUUAAGACCAUCGUGUUGCCCACAUUUGAUGACAGUCCAAAUCCAUAGCAAAAAAUACAAUAAUAGUCCUAUAAUCACAGGCCAUGUCUUUUUAACAGGGAUUUUUGUGACCACAAAUAGCAGCAGUUCUAAUCUGUGUUUUAUUUUUUAUUUCUAAUUUGAACAUUUAUUUGACAUUUAUAAAAACAGUAAUUUGCUGAAUGAAGAGACUUAUACCUUGACAGUUUGUAAAAUAUUUAAAGGAAUAUUUUGACAUUCUGGAUAAUGUGCUUGUGCAGAGUUUGAUGAGACGAUGGAUACCGCUCUCAUAUAGGUACAGUAAAUAUGAAGCUAGAGACAGCAUCUGCUUAGCUCAGCUUAGCAUUAGGGCUGUCAUGAUAUCAAAUUUUCAUUACAAGACAAUCGUGGCCAAAAGAAUUCACGUAAUGAUAUCGUCAUGAUUUCUAUAGAAAAUUUACAAAAAUUAGUUUUGUCUCCUUUUUGGCGAAAGAGUUUGACUCAAAUACUUGUUUGGGGAAAUCGAGAGACAGUCUGUGCAAAGAGAAUCCACAGGACCUAACAUUGUCCAUCACAAUAUUAUCACGUGUAUUAUUAACACAAGAUCAAUAUUUCAUUUUUUUUUUUUAAAUAUCACGGUUAUUGUCAAUACCGGUACAAUGCGACAUUCCUACUUAGCAUAAAGACUGGAAACAUAUAGCCUGUCCAAAGGUAACAAACUCUGAACUACCAGCUCACUAAAUAGGAAGUUAUUUCUGGUUUGUUUAGCACAAAGGUGCUGGGAGGCAAAAUGGUUUACCCCUUGUUUCUCUGACUAGCUGCUGGCUGCAGCCUAAUGUUUAGAGUGGUACUGAUCUUAUCAUUGAACUGUCAGCAAGAAAGCAAAUACGCAAACUUCCCAAAAUGUUCCCAAACUUCUCCUAUAACAACCAUAUCCAAAUUCACGAUGACCAAAAUAAAAUGCACUUGUAAGAGGUCUUUAUGUGUAUUUAGAUUGUGCCUCGAACUGUAUGGCGUGGUGUAAAGUACUGUCAAAAUAAAUGUAUUUAGUUUCGGCUAUUGUGACAGAAUCGCCAGAAGACACCUUUUAGUUUUUUUCGCAGGGAUGCACCGGACCAGUAUCAUGGCUGAUACUGACCUUAUUAAACGGCCUGACAGCAUGAUGUAACCAUCCACGCAUAGUUUUAUAGUUUUCUGUUGUGCUCUGUUCAUUUGCAGCGGUAUACGCAACACUGAUAUAUGAAACUACUGCUGACACUACUCCGUCUCAUGACUUCACAACUCAAUUUCAUAAACGUUCUAAAUAAAUAAAACUUCAAAAGGAUGUUGGACACAUCUGUAAAGUCAAGAAAUAGUAAGAUAAUAAUAAUAACAAAUAAUAACCUUACACAUACUGUAGAGGAAUCAUCCUAUUCAGUUCAACAACACAAGUUUAAUUUUUUUAAUUUUAGGGCAAAAAGAUCAUUGGUAUCAGACAGGUACUUGUAUGUGCAGAUUCUUUGUGUUGGGUAUCAGAAUCAAAACCGGUGGUGGAAAAAUCAGAUUGGUGCAUCCCUAGAUUUUUUUUAAUUUUUUUAUAAGACCAUGAAUUAUGCACUGUAUUGUAACAUUAAACACUUUGACUGUCAUUGUCUGUACACAAUAUGGUUUAAUGGCGCACUUUAUUUUACAUUAAACAUAUUGCAUUUUCAUUGUUGUUCUUGUGGCUCUAGUGAGGGUCGGCAUACUGUAGGCAGGGAAUAGCACAGUACUAAAUAAGGUGUUUGUUUUGGUGUUUGGCUUUUGAAUUUCAUUCACAUAUUGCAAAGUUGGAUUUCAGAGCGUGAAGUGGGACUGAGAAAGAAAAUGUUAUGGGGAAAGUUCAUAUAAAUGUUUGAUAUGUAUGUUAAUUUGGAUUUUUGAAUUAAAAAAAAAAACUAACUAUAAGGAUAAAAGGAGGAGGGCAACAAAAUGCGCCGAUGUUAAAAUUUAGAGCCAAUCUAUCUUCAACACGUAUUGUAUUCAACAUUUAACUGUCUAUAAAAAGGUCCCUCAAAAUUUCCCAGAGGAUAAUGCUACUAUGAUAAAAAAUUAAAAAACUAUACACUGCAAAAUGAAUCAUAAUCUUCACAAAGUACAACUUACCAUAGAUAGAUUUAUUUUGCAGUCAAAUAUACACAAACUGGGACAUGAAUGUCGGACACCAGAACGCAUGUUACACAUGACACACUGCCACAGGUAGAACAAAGUUGGAUGAAAGUUUAUAUUUUUUCACAUUUAAGUUACUUUUAAAUCAUGAAUGCUUGUCAUUACAUACACAUGCGCACAGAAUACAAUCUCUCCAACCAUCAAACAGACUCACACACACACACACACACGCUCUGAAAACUGGUACAUAAACAUAAAUGUACAAAAACACGGUCACAAACAUUUACAGGUCUUCAUCAAGAGGUCCACCUGUGUGCCAAAAAUAUACAUAUACAGUGUACUGUAUAUAUGAUCAAGAAAAGACAUCAUUUGUACACAUGGCAAAUUCAUAGCAGGCGACAUUUAAGAGCAGCUGAGCAACAAUGGUACAUUCAAAAAAUUUAUUGGCAAUCAAAACAACUUGCACACACACUCAACACUUGAUAAAACUGGCUCAACAGGCACAUCUGCCAAAGAAAAGGCAUCUAAACACUGAGAUAUACCCCACAGAGAAUAGUUACAUUUAAAACAAAAGUUCAAUAGUUUGGGAAAUAUGCUUCUUUGCUUUUUUUUGCUGAGAUUUAGAUGAUAAGAUUGAUACCACAGAGACUGAACAUGGAGUAAACAGCGUGUAGCUAAUAACUACCAGCUAGCUGUUUUAUUUAUCAGUAAAGGAGGAACAGCUAGCUAGUAUCAACAGGGCAUCUGCAGGGCAAAAAGGCCUUAGAUGGUAUUAAGAAACCAGUUCAGCUGUUUCCCUCUGCUAAGCUAGCUGCUGCAGAAGCUGCAUAUUUAGCAUACAGACAUGACAAUAAUAUCAAUCUUCUCAUCUAGCUCUCAGAAAAAAUGGAAUAUUUCCAAAUAUGACAAACUAUUGUUUUGAGAAAAUAUGUCAAGGGCUUUUCUUUGACACAUAUUUAAAGCAUGAUGCUAAACUAACUGUAAGAAAAGGUGUUUGUGAAGAGAGGUGCACCUAGUUUUAGGCAAAAUGAAGCUAAAACUUACACUGCAUGAUUUUGUUGUAGCGCUAUUCUUCAAAUUUACUCCCAUCCCACAAUAGUUGUCGUAAAACUGAGUUAGUUCACGUUUUGUUUAAAAAACAAACACAAAAACAAAAAAAACACACACAUAAUGGAAAUUUGGGCAUUUGAGACGGGAGCGCUAUGACAAAUCACUAAAUCUUAACUGUUCCAAUGUUGCACACUGGGCCUUAUCCAGAAUAAAAUUUACUUGUAGGCUUGUUUGCUGAUUUGUGUGAAGACAAAUCACAAAAAUUAGAACCAUGUUAACCAUGUGGCAUACAGGUGCCUUAAGGCCCCACCUUACACCUGUUUCAUCCAAAAUCUAAAACUCAAACAGCAAAUCAGUGCCGGUCAAAACUUCCCCUCUCUAUUAAAUCACCAAACUAAAAUUGUAGCACUUUGCUGCCACCUUGUGGUAAACAAAUAUACAGCACAGGCGAGGUCAAGAAAGGAGUUUUCCUCUGUUCUUUUUUUUUUUUCACAGACAGUAACAGCUUUGAGACAUGGUCGUUUCCAUCUGAGCUGAUUCAGACUCAGAGUGACGGCUGGUGAUAGAACACGUGAGGAGCAGCAGAGUGGUUUUUAUUU